GAAAAGGAAGGGAGAAUCGGUCAGAGAAUCCCAACACGCUUCCAUCGGCCACCCUGACAAGUCACAAUCUCCCUCUUUCUCUCAAUUUUUCACGCGAUUUUCUCUUCGGCAAACCGAAAUCUUCCCGGCGACCGAGCAAUCCUUGAGGCCGAGCCAUUCAUCAACCCACGAGCAGCCCUAAGCCGAGAACUUCUUCAGCCCGGCAGCACUCCUAUCAGGCCGAAAUCUUAUUCCUUCGGGUGGCCGAGAGCAAGCAAGAUUACGAAGAGUCGAGUCCUUGAAGCGAUUGUCCUUUCAUUUAAUUGCACACGUCAAGUUGAGAUGGGGAUUUUCUCUACACUCAACCUUUUUAAAUGUUCAUGUUAUCUUUAUUAUUAUAUGCAUGUCGUUGGGCCUGUGGGGCAAGAAUUUACAGUAAGAAUUGACGGCAACAAUCAACCGUAAGAAUUUAUGGUAAGAAUGGAUAGUAAGAACUGAGGGUAAGUUACCAUUGCCUUCGGACUUUGGCAGACUAUAUGAGAACAGACUUUCGAGUUGUAAUAGAUGAGGCUUUGAGACUUGGCCUUCGGGUGGAAUGUAGGAUUUUGUUCUUGUUAUUUUUAUUUUGUUAUGUUUAUUAUGUCUGUUAUUAUUGUGAAUGUAUACGCUGAAUGUGUGGUACGGUUUAUUCUAGUACUUAUAAUUAUUUAUGUCUGUAUGAUUACGAAUGUUUGCUUUGUAUGUGUGACUUUGGGCGGGCCUACGGGCCAAUAUAUGUAUACGAACAGAACACUGAAAACUCCAAGUCUUCAAUGGCGGAUGCUAAGAUCUUUGAGCUUAACAAUGGCAACAUGCAAGUACUAGUCUCCAAUUACGGAUGCACCAUCACUUCCCUGCGUGUUCCCGACAAAAAUGGGCAAUUGGCUGAUGUUGUUCUUGGAUUUGACACAAUUGAGCCAUAUCAGAAAGGUGCCGCCCCUUACUUUGGGUGCAUUGUGGGUCGGGUGGCUAACAGGAUAAAAGAUGGCAAGUUUGCACUUGAUGGAGUUGAGUAUUCAUUGCCCAUUAACAAGCCACCAAACAGCCUCCAUGGUGGGAACAAGGGAUUCGACAAAGUAAUCUGGGAAGUUGCUGAAUAUACACAAGGCGAUACUCCAUCAAUCACCUUCAAAUAUCACAGCCAUGAUGGAGAAGAAGGCUAUCCGGGGGACGUAUCUUUCACAGCCAAGUACACGCUCACGUCCAAGACUACAAUGCGGCUUGACAUGGAAGGCCUUCCCCAAAACAAGCCCACCCCAAUCAGCUUAGCCCAACACACAUAUUGGAACUUAGCGGGCCACAACUCUGGAAAAAUCCUUGACCACACAAUCCAAAUAUUGGCCCAUCACAUCACCCCAGUUGACAACAACACUGUCCCAACUGGCGAAAUCAUGCCCGUCAAAAACACGCCAUUCGACUUCACAGCCGAGAACAAAAUCGGCAAUCGCAUAAAUGAGGUCGGCAUAGGUUAUGACCACAAUUACGUGCUCGACUGUGGUGAAGAGAAAUCGGGCCUCAAGCAUGCUGCCAGGUUGCGUGACCCGGUAAGCUCGAGGACUUUGGACCUGUGGACGAAUGCUCCAGGAAUGCAGUUUUACACGGCGAACUAUGUGAAGGGUAUUUUGGGAAAAGGUGGUGCGGUUUACGAGAAGCAUGCUGCCACGUGUUUGGAGACUCAGGGGUUUCCGAAUGCCGUGAACCAGCCGAAUUUUCCCUCGGUCGUUGUUCGGCCUGGGGAGAAGUACGUGCACACCAUGCUGUUUGAAUUUUCGGCCUGAGUGAAGAGAACUAUUCUAUCUGUGUGUGUUUUUUAAUUGGUAUUUAUUUAUGUCUUUGGUUGGAGUGAUGUGGUGAGAAUAAGGAUGAGAACUUACUGGUUAUGGCUCUCUGAGGAUAUUGCGUUCUUGGUUGUUUUGAUUAGUUAUUAUACUUUUUCAAUAAAUAUGUGUACUUUCAAAACUAACAUAGAUAAAGAUUAUGAUAUUUCAUAGCAUAAGUAUAUAUUUUGUUACAAAGAGUAACAUGUCGACCUAUUUGGUUGGAUAUGGU